UUAAGAAAUUUCAUUUUGUGUGUGUGUGUGUCGCUUCAAGGCGCAGAGCUUGCGACGCACCGAUAGCUGAUUCAUGUGAUUGUUUACCAGAGCAAACAUGAAAUAUCGUUUGCAAUAACGGUUGUAACUUGUUAAUCGAAAAGAUUUCGUUGUUCUUUUCAAACAUGGGAUGUUGCUACAGUUUUUGCAAAGAAGAUAGCAGUCCGCAGGGUGGAGAGGCGAAUGAAAGGACACAUUUAUUGGUAGAUCCUGUUAGUAACAAUACAAAUAUACCAAGAGUGCACAGUGACGAUUAUGUCAACCAAUAUGCAAGUUCUGUGCCUAAGAAGACAGAUGAACAAAGUGCAUUAAAUAGAAUUUUACACGAAACUGCAGCCAAUGUCAUAGAUGUGGGUGCAUUAGACUCACAUAAUCUAGAACAACAUGAAUACAUGGAUAGAGCACGUGCAUAUUCAAAGAGAAUAGAGUCGGGAAGAAUUACACUCCCAGAGACUGCAUCGUGCUUCCUCAAGGACAUACCUGCGCCAGAACGAACAUUGGCAGUUGAACCCCUCGCUAGUGAAGAUCAAGAGUUGAUUACAGAAAUGCUCAAUAAAGCUGUGACAGCAUUAAGCGAUGUAAAAGUUGAACAUAAGGAAGACUUGGUAGUGCCGUUUUUAUCGUGAUCGAUAGUUGGCUCUGGAAUUCACUUAUAAUCUCAUCCCAUUUGACUGGAACUUCAACGUCGCAAUGCGUCAUUGAAGAGUAUACAUCUCUCUGAAAAAUAAAUUGGCCUAAGGCCGAAUUGUAAUUCUAGCGUUUGCUAAGAGAAAAGAUUCAUUGUAAUAAUUAAGAUAUGUAGUAUAUUAUACAAAAUGUUAAUAUUUGCUUACUGUAUACCAAUGGCUUCAUCCGAUCAUGGGAUCGGUACUUCUCUCUUUUAAUUUCGAAGUUUAGAAUUAAGAUGUGCGUCGCAAACUUCUCGCACAGUUUAUUACCAAUUAGUGCAGUUUUUAUGUAAAAGAUUAAUUUGUUAUCGUAGUCCUUUAUCGACAUGUAUACAUGUAAGCGAAAAAAAAAACUAUUUUAUCAUUGUUCAAUAAAUUCUAUCAAAUAACAGAUAA